UCAAACAACCAGCAUAUUUAGUAUUGUAUUAGCAUCAGAAUCUGCAAUGUCUAAGUCAGUUCUUGUGCUUUAUUUGAUAGUUACGAGUAUUGUUGUAACAAUAAAUGGUGCAAAUAUAUUAGCAUUGUUUGUCGUAGCUUCACCCAGCCAUCAUAUAUGGAACUCGGCAUUAGUGAAUGCCUUGGCAAGGAACGGACACAAUGUGACUGUCUUAUCAGUGGACAAAGAUGCGGAUCCACCCAAAAAUGUUCACUACAUUCACAUGGAAGGGGUAUAUGAUUACAUGUACAAGGAAAUUUAUGUUGACUUAGUCGGUUUACAUAACGAAACUACUAUGCACUCCGUUCUGUCGUUAUAUGCGUUUGGUACCGUAUCAUGUAUAGGUGCAUCAAGAUCACAAGGACUUAAGGUGUUGCUGAAUUAUCCGGAUUCGUUUAAGGUCGAUCUGAUCAUUUACGAUUACACAUUGGGACCAUGCGUUUUGGGAUUUUUGCAUAAAUUUAAUUAUCCGCCUGUUGUUGGGGUGACUGCUUUUAAUAUUGCACCAUGCACGGUGGAUGUUAUUGGUGGACAUACCCAUUACGGUUAUAUUCCGUAUUUGUCUCUAAACUACGAUAUGGACAUGAAUCUCUGGCAGAAGCUGCACAAUUUGUGGAUCUAUGCGUAUGAUUACAUCCAAAGGAAUUACUAUUUUAUGCCGUUCAUUGAUGAGAUGUUAGCGAAAAACUUUGGACCAGAUUACCCGGGAGGACGAGAACUGGAAUCAAAGACCAUAUUGGCUCUAGUUAAUUCCCAUCCAUCCAUCGACUUCCCCGAACCAUUGCCUCCAAAUGUUAUUCCAGUCGGAGGUCUACAAAUCCGUUCACCACCGAGACCAUUGCCGAAAGAACUCAUUGAUUUCAUCAAUUCGUCAAAGAAUGGAUCCGUCCUAUUUUCUCUAGGAACGAAUGUUAAAAGUGAGAAACUCGGUGCAGAUAAACAGAAGUUCAUUCUCGAAGCGUUCUCACGCAUGCCGCAGUACAACUUUUUGUGGAAAUUUGAGGCCGAUCCAAAAACGUUACCGGUCGAUAUUCCCAAAAAUGUGCUCAUUAAGUCAUGGCUUCCGCAAAAUGACAUACUGGCUCAUGACAACGUCAAGGCAUUUAUAACACACGCAGGUUCAUUAAGCACGCAUGAAGCUACGUGGUGGGGAAAGCCAAUGGUCGGAAUUCCGUUUUUUGUUGAUCAACACAGGAAUCUUCAUAAAUCAAUAAAGGCUGGCGUCGCCGAACGUCUUCUACUCGAAUCUUUAACCGCUGAUAGACUCAUUGAAAAAGUGACCAAAGUUAUUGAAGAGCCGAGCUACACAACAAACAUGCAAGCUCGAUCACAGCGUUUCCGUGACCAACCAGAAAAACCUAUCGAACGAGCUGUAUGGUGGACUGAAUACAUACUACGUCAUCCGAAUCCCGAGCACCUACAAUCACCAGUACCAAAAUUAGGUUUUCUGCGGUCCAACUUGUUCGACAUAGUUUUAGCUGCAGGAUUCGUGUUAUGCUUGGUAGUCGUGUUUAUUGGUCGUGUGGCCUUGAAAUGUUUCCAGAGUGAAAAAACGAUUCGAAAGAGAAAAUCAGAAUAAAAUUUUGCGUCUGGAUUUUAAAUUUCGUUCAUGUGAAUCGGUUUUCGAGGAAAAGUAGAUAGAUUAACGAAAUACAGUCAGUGACAGUGCAAUUUCAG